AUGAGUUUGGACGAUAUAAUUAAACAUAGCGAAGAAUUUCAGAACGCUGCAAGAAGAGGUCGUGGACGUGAAGUUUUCCGUCAGGAAGGAGCAACUCAGAGCAACGCCAGUGGUGAUGGAGGACCCAUGAGAAGCAAGAGAAACAGAUUUAAUUCUGCAGCGAGAACCUCCUAUUAUCAACCUUCUGGCGAUAUCAGCAGCCGCUCCCAGCAUGAUCUGUACGAUGACGGGACCUUCAACAAGAGGAGGGGAUCAGGAAGUCUAAGCAAGGCAGGUGGUUGUACAAAACUAAUCAUCUCAAACCUGGACUAUGGAGUAUCAAAUUCAGACAUCCAGGUGCUCUUCUCAGACUUUGGUUCUCUACACAGUGCAACAGUGAAUUAUGACAAGUCUGGUCGCUCCAUGGGCUCGGCGUAUGUCGUAUUUGAGAGAAAAUCAGACGCUGUCAGGGCUAUGAAACAUUACAACAGGGUUCAUUUAGAUGGUCGACCCAUGCACAUAGAAAUAACGACGUCCGAUAUUGCCGUUGUGAAGCAGCAAGCCAACCGAGUCAGCGAAGUCUUCACCCACAGGACCAGUGCUGGACGUUUUGACCAUGGAGGCAUCAAAAGGAGUGGUCAUAGCGACAAAAGAGGCAAUGAACAAGGAGCGAAAAACUCAAUACCAACUACGGCAGAGUUAGUUGCAGAAUUAGAUGCGUACAUCAGCGAAUCAAAUUAG